AAAAAAAAAAGCAAACCUACGCCGGUGUUGUCGUCUUUUUUUAAAAAAAUUUGUUAUUUUUUAUUUUAUGUUUUUUGCUUGACACCUGGGAAACCACUACCCCCACACUUCCAGAAAUAACCAAAGACAAUGGUUCACUGUGCGGGCUGCAAAAGGCCAAUCUUGGACCGGUUUUUGUUGAAUGUACUGGACAGGGCUUGGCAUGUGAAGUGUGUUCAGUGCUGUGAAUGUAAAUGCAAUUUGACAGAGAAAUGCUUUUCGCGAGAAGGCAAGCUUUACUGCAAAAACGACUUCUUUCGGUGUUUCGGGACCAAGUGCGCGGGCUGUGCCCAGGGCAUCUCCCCCAGCGACCUGGUCCGCAGGGCGCGGAGCAAAGUGUUUCACUUGAACUGUUUUACGUGUAUGAUGUGUAACAAGCAACUCUCCACCGGCGAGGAGCUCUACAUCAUAGACGAAAACAAGUUUGUCUGCAAAGAAGAUUACCUAAAUAACAGCAAUACUGCCAAAGAAAACAGCCUGCAUUCAGCCACCACCGGCAGUGAUCCCAGCCUGUCCCCCGACUCCCAAGACCCCUCCCAGGACGACGCCAAGGACUCGGAAAGCGCCAACGUCUCCGACAAGGAAACGGGAAGCAACGAAAACGACGACCAGAACCUGGGGGCCAAGAGGCGGGGACCCCGCACCACCAUCAAAGCCAAACAGCUAGAGACUCUGAAAGCCGCCUUCGCGGCCACCCCCAAACCCACCCGGCACAUCAGGGAGCAGCUGGCCCAGGAGACCGGCCUCAACAUGCGGGUCAUCCAGGUCUGGUUCCAGAACCGGCGCUCCAAGGAGCGGAGGAUGAAGCAGCUGAGCGCGCUGGGAGCCCGCCGGCACGCCUUCUUCCGCAGCCCGCGUAGGAUGCGCCCGCUGGUGGACCGCCUGGAGCCCGGCGAGCUCAUCCCCAACGGGCCCUUCUCCUUCUACGGAGAUUAUCAGAGCGAGUAUUACGGCCCUGGAAGCAAUUACGAUUUCUUCCCACAAGGACCUCCCUCAUCUCAAGCGCAGACCCCCGUGGAUCUCCCGUUCGUGCCCUCCUCGGGGCCGUCAGGCACCCCCCUGGGGGCCCUGGAUCACCCCCUGCCCGGACAUCACCCCUCCAGUGAGGCUCAGCGCUUCACUGACAUCAUGUCACACCCCCCAGGAGACUCGCCCAGCCCCGAACCCAACCUGCCCGGGUCCUUGCACUCCAUGUCCGCAGAAGUUUUUGGUCCCAGUCCUCCGUUUUCAUCGAUAUCGGUCAACGGUGGUGCUAACUAUGGCAAUCACUUGUCCCACCCUCCAGAAAUGAACGAAGCAGCUGUGUGGUAGCUUUAAAACAAACUGGGUCUUAAGUAAGUUGAUGAUCAUCUAAUCUGCUUAUUUGUUAUGGUGUACAGAAAUGAAUUAAAUAUAACAUCUCUCCUGCCCUAAGACAAUAUUACCUUGGGAAUGAACUG